UCCACUAUUUAAACACUAAGGUAUUACUCAAAAAAUAAAAUUCAAGUAAAAUAGAAUAAUGGCAUCAGUUACUGAAUUGCAGGUUGAGAAUUAUGUGUUCCCAUCAACAAUUGUGAAGCCACCUGGUUCCACCAAUACCUUGUUCCUUGCUGGCGCAGGGCAUAGAGGUUUGGAGAUUGGAGGUAAAUUUGUGAAGUUCACAGCUAUUGGUGUGUACUUGGAAGAGAGUGCUGUUCCUUUUCUAGCCACUAAAUGGAAAGGCAAAAGCUCUGAGGAGUUGACCAAUUCAGUUGAAUUCUUCAGGGAUAUUGUUACAGGUCCCUUCGAGAAAUUCACUCGAGUGACUAUGAUCUUGCCCUUGACGGGUAAGCAAUACUCCGAGAAGGUGGCAGAAAAUUGUGUUGCCCAUUGGAAAGCAAUAGGAACCUACGGUGAUGCAGAAAGUCAGGCCAUUGAAAAGUUCCUCAAUGUUUUCCAGAGUGAAACCUUCCCACCUGGUGCCUCCAUCCUUUUUACUCAAUCACCUCUUGGGUCAUUAACGAUUAGCUUCACUAAAGAUGAUUCAAUUCCUGACACUGGGAAUGCUGUUAUAGAGAACAAACAAUUGUCAGAAGCAGUGCUGGAAUCCAUAAUUGGCAAGCACGGAGUUUCCCCUGCAGCCAAGUGUAGUCUCACGGAAAGACUAUCAGAACUGUUCGAAAAGAGCAACGCUGAGGUGUCUGUUUGCAAAAAACCAGAAAUUGAGCAAUCCUUGUUGGAAAACACAAUCCUCAAUCAUGCAACUGGCUACAGAAACUGAAGAGAAAUCUACCAUUUCAGAAAUUGAAGAAGGAACUACUGUUCCUGUGAUUGAAGCCUAGUUAGGACAAGAAAAGAGGUUCUAGUGCUGAAACUCCCUCGUCAAUUCACUUUGAUGUUGUCAAGGCUACCUGAGUAUACUAGAGGAAUGAUUUAGCCUAGUUUUUCUAGCUUCUCUACUAUGCAGUAGUAUGCAACAAGGCCCCCAUCUUUGAAUCUGGGUUACCUAUGUAAUGUGGGAGGCUCAAUGUGCCUUUGUUGGAUUUUAAAUCAAUAUGUAUGAAAAUAUGUUCUUGGUUCUUACCCA